AUGGCCUUUGUGAAUAUAUGCGGACAAAAAACCGUGAUAACACUUUGCGAGGUUCGCGCCAGCGGCGAAAUGCUUCUUCAGGUUGUGGUUCUCCUCGUUCUUGGUGUGAGUCUGAGCAAUGCAGUUCUUCCCGACAUCGGUGUCGCAAACUAUUCAUGCUCACCUGCUUUGAUGAGGAAAAGCCGAGAUGUACCGACCAAUGUGAACUCCGUUCGUCCAGCCGAUAUCAAGGUCGUCAUGGCCCUGGGCGACUCGCUUACGGUAAGCUCACAAAUUCAAGUAAAUAGGAGUAAUUACCCCUUCGUGGAACUCUUGCCCCGUGAAAUUCUUUGA